UGGCGUCUGAUGAGGAACAAGGGAGGAGAAAAUGCAAGUCAGAAACCUAUGCCGAAAAUUUGGGUCGGAAGUUCGCCCGCAAGGAUAUCACGCAAUUUUUGCCAGUUCAACCGAAAUGAAAAGAGAAGAAAGUAAAACCAAUGAUAUUGAGCGGGGAAAAAAAGGGGCAACGAUGCUGACACAUGCCUCAUGCACACUUACCAUCGAAUAUCUGCUGCUGUAAAAAGGGGUCAUCUUCAUAGACAGGCAAGACAGUAGCGCGCGCGACGACAUGGCCCUUCUCAUUAUCAAAUCCACGAUCAUUGCCCCAUUUAUAAAGAGCCGGAAAAAAACAAUACCCGACAACGAGUUUUCGACCGCAACUCUCACUGUCGAGUCUGUGAAGUUCGUCGUCCUCGCACUCCCCCUCCGUAAUAUCGACAAUUCUCAUGGUCGAAACGUUGAACUGCGUGCCCGGUUCGUGGAACUUGAGCUCGUAGGACGCGAGGGACAGGCUAGUUUUCACGCGAAGGUUUGCCUGGAGCUUUAAUAGCUUCUGCAGACCGCGACGGCCCUUGUCUCCUAGGGGGAUGUGCGGUUCCAGUUUCGCCCAUACCUCAUCGACGAGUUCCAAAAGCUCUGAUUCUGCGCUCGCUUUGGCCCCGGAAGAAUUUGCUAGUUCCUUGACUUCGGCUCACCCAUCGAUGGUAAAUGGAGAAUUUCCUCUAACACCUGUAAAAACGUCAAUGAACUACGGGGAUCAAGGUCCACGCCAAGUUCUCUGGUGAGCCUUAAAAUUCCCGAUGUUGCUCCCACCACGUAUUUCUUCCCGACUGCAUCAGCAGUUUCUUUGAAGAGUGCACUGGCAAGCAAGCUGUGGUAGUACUUUCUACCAAACUGCUGUAGCAACUUAGUACAUUCCGGGCUGAGCAGUCUCCCCAAACGCUCAGCAUCGUCACCUGUGGGUUUGCCAAAAACCUUGGAGUGAGCUUCUACCGCGGAUCCGAUGGUAUUUUGGAAGAUUCUUCGCAGGACUUCGUCCGUCACCCCUUCCGCUACCGUUCCUAGGUCUAGGAUUUGCUGUCCCAGCGCCUUCUUCUCGUCCUGCGCCUCCCAUAGAUCUUUCUUACAGUCCUCCAGCUCUUUAUGGAGCGAGCCAGCAACCCUUUUAUAAUACUCGGAUUCCCGGAAUGCAUGUUGUGUAGCGCGACGGUAGUACAUAAGCUCCUGAUACAUGCCUUCGAUAUCUAUCUCAGGGGCAACAGCUCUCCUAGCUCUUUCAGCAUACGACGCCCCCAUCCCGGCCUGCGUGAUACCGCGGUGUACCUGGUGGGUAAGUUCCAUCUCGGGGGAAUCGUCGAGCGCACCUCUAUAGACGUAUCUGGGAGGUUCUUUUUCCGCAUGGGAUUUUGGAAUAAAGGCGUUGUCUUUCCCGGCUGCUGACCUGUGGGGAGGCACAGGUGGCCGAGUGGCGCUCGGUUCUUGAACAUGGACAUUACGAACAGGGCUCUGGUUUCCGACGUCUGGGCGUAUUCCUGUAGCACUUUUUGAACGGGGCCGGUCUUUUCCCAGGCGGCGGGGUGCUGUAGUCGUUGUUUGCGAAUCCAAUAUCGCUUCUGCAGUGCCAACUUUGCUUCUCAUGCUGAUGACAUGGUUAGAUUGGGAUGGACAAGGAGACCUUGAUUUGCACGUUCCAGUUCAUGGAGGAAAAAUAAUAUUGACCUUUCUUCGUCUGGGAUAUUCUCAAGCGCGGCGAAAUCUUGCUGUAGUUCAUCGACUUCGAUCAAAUGAUCCAGCUCCUCAAUUUUCCGAGCUGUCGACAACGUCGACGCAUCUCCCCUCGAGUUCAUGUUUGAAGGUUGGCAAAGCGUAUUAUUAUCUCGUAGAAUGUCAUGUAUGUCCUGUACUAUGAAAGAAAACGAUCUCUACGGGUGUAGAUACACUGGACCCUUUCGCCUUAUAGGAAGACACGAACAUUUCCCAUGAGCUCAUUGAGGAGUCAAGCCAGCCCGCUCUCCUUGGGACAAGGCUGACAGACGUGGCAGGUCACGGCAGCACUAAAAUAUGAGCACUUUGUUCUCCAGGGCGUUCAACAACAACGGGACGACUGGCGUGCACUGCCGGCCAUAGAUAGCACGGUCUAGAGCAUGGAUCCUUGCUACCGAGCAGGCCACCACCAAUAGAGCGCGAUAAAUACGAACAUGCGCUGGUCCGAUCAGGGUUGUGACAAUUCCCGUCUGAGCUGGGCCAUUAAUAUUGAUUGACACUCAACCAGCACCCACCAAGCAGAGCCUCUUCGGCGUUCCACCCAAACCUGUGUACGCGGGGUUCUAGUACAUACAUGUAAUGUGCGUACAUAUAUAAAUUCGCCUGCGCUCGUGCUGUGGCCGAGGACGUCGGUCUUCCCCAAAUAUCGAUCGUUUCCACAUUCGUGCCAGACACCAGGAGAGCAAUUUGUAGCUUUAUUUUGCUGGAAAGCAGAGAUCAAGAAAUUGUUCCUACCAAAAUGCUUACAAGUAUUAUGAUAGCCGUCGACUUCGGGACGACGUAUUCUGGCCUUGCGUUCAGUGACCCGUCCCAGCGAACCGACGCUGCUAUCCCUAUCACCGACUGGGGUCGAGGAGUAAGCAGUCAAAAAGUUCCAACUGAAAUCCGCUUCGACGGCCCAGGAAACGAACAAUUCAAAUGGGGUUUCCAGAUCAAACAUGGACAGGAGAGACAUAUCUGGUUCAAACUGGACCUGGAUCCAGACAAUUCCCGAGUCGGCAGAUUGACUCAACUCUCAAGGACACUAAAGGACCUCUUCGUGUCUCCCCCUGAAUAUCAGCGCACUACAGAAGAUAUCGUAACCGCAUACCUGACAGGUCUGCGCAGGCAUGCCGUCGCUCACUUGGAGAAACUCUACGGCUCAGCCGUGAUGAAGGAUUGCCAGCUGGAUUGGAUCAUCACUGUCCCUGCUGUCUGGUCCGAUCUUGCCAAGAAGAAGACGCGAACUGCUGCGAUGAGAGCCGGUAUGGGCGACACCACAUCUCUUCAGAUGACGUCGGAGCCCGAGGCGGCUGCUGUUUAUGCACUUAAAGCGCUAGAUCCACACCACAUCAAGGUUGGGGAGAGCGUGGUAAUCUGUGAUGCUGGUGGAGGGACUGUGGACUUGAUUACGUACAAGAUGAAAUCUGUGGAUUACCCAUAUGAGGUGGAGGAGACUGCUAUUGGCGGAGGUAGCCAGUGCGGGAGUACAUUUCUGAACCGGAAGUUCGAGGAGGUCCUAAUGAGAAAACUCAACGGAAAGCCUAUCUCCAAAAAUGCGAAGGCGAUGGCAAUGAGCCAUUUUGAAAAGGAGACAAAACGCAAUUUUGGAACAGAGGAUGAAGACGAAGAUGAAGAAGAUAUUGAAUUCCAGAUUCCCAUUCCCGGAGUCGAAGACGAUCCCAGCGUCGGAAUCUGUGCUGGAUUCUUGGAGAUGACCUACACCGAAAUGAAAGAUGUAUUCCGGCCGGUGAUAGAAGAAGUACUUGCAUUGCUAAACGAUCAAAUCAAAGCAGCGUCCAAACAGGGUCCCAUCAGCGCAGUUAUCCUUGUUGGCGGCUUUGGGGAAAGUACUUAUCUCUACCGCCAAAUCAAACAGGCUGUUUCACCUAUUCCAAUUCUACAGCCGCCUAAUGGAUGGACUGCAAUUGUCCGUGGGGCCGUUAUGAAAGGCAAAUCACAACUCUCUGCUACGCCAACCUGGAAUGUCAGAUCGCGAUACUGUCGUGGUAAUUAUGGGUUGGUACUGUGGAUGCCAUGGAAGCAGGGUAUGCCAACGGACAAAAAAGUUUGGGACAAGUACGAGGGCCUUUAUAAGCAUUCCGAGUGCAUGCAGUGGUGUAUCAAACGGGGCGACAAAGUCCAAGAAAACACCCCAAAAUCCUUCCCUCUGUACCGCGCCGUCCCUCUCGAUGAUCCCCUGGUAUUCUCGAGCUCGAUAUACUAUUCUCCGCUAGAUGGAUCGAGCGCACCGGUCUACUUGAAUCAAGACUGCCGCGAACAUUGCGUCUUAAACUACAACCUUUCCUCGAUCCCGCGCUCGAAAUUCAAGCGUAAGCAGGGAAACCACGGCGAGGACUACUACGAGGUCGAGUAUUCGAUUGGCGUCACUUAUUUUUCCGCAGAGAUGAGAUUUGAACUGGUCUGUCAAGGAGAGAAAUACGGUAGCGUCACCGCGAAGUGGCUCGAGUGAUGAACAUUCCUCAACUUUUCAAAUCUCUGGAUUCUUUUCUUCCCCCCCCCCGCCCCGCCCCCCAAACGCAGCCAUCAGGAAACAGAAAUAUUUUGCCCAUCACGAUGAAUCCCAACAUGUUAUGUUUUAUUCGUUUUAUCGGCUAUUCGGGUCCGCCCAGAGUAAUAAUAUUGGGCUGCCUUGCUACAAUGAACGAUGUUGCGUCUAAGUGCCACACGAGCCUCUCAAGCAGUACUCAGGAGGCUUAUUCAUGACUUUUUACGAAUUUUUAUCUCUCAGGAAAGGGUUAAUUUUCUACAUUCCAUUUUCAUAUAUUCGGAGUUGAAAAACAUAUCCAAAUUUUGACUUAUUUCCACUACUUCCUAUUAGAGCUCGACCAUCUAUAAAGUUAUAACUCGAAGUGUUUAUAAGCAGAUUUGUAUCUGUAUCUGUAAAUCCACAAUCUAAGAGCUCAUAAAAACCCCAAGUAUUUACAAAAACACUAAUCUCAAGCUUCACAAUUGAGAACUUCAAGUUUAUACUAUUUAUUAGCAAGUGAUGCAGAUAGUAGAACUCUAGUAUCAAUUCAAUGAACUUAAUUCUCUCACAUGCACUGUUU